AUGAGCCUCUCACUCAAGCACAUUCCCUGCCCAGCAGGCAAUAAAUGCACAGCCUUUCAGUGUAUAUUCGGACAUGAAAAGGACAACAGCAAGGCCGAUGGAGACAGUGUUAGCGAGCCGGCAAAGAGUGAUAUAUUAUCACCUCCAGAUCAGGAUCGCCCGAACAAACGCUUAAAGGUCGACGACGCUUCCCUCAAAACACAAACGGGUGUAGCCGCCAAUGGUCAGACCAAGCAAACGAAAGAGGAACAUAAAAAGCCAGUUCUGCCCCAAAGCGCCACGCGUUCCAUCUCUCCUCCUCCACUCAAAAGAAAGGCUGCACCCUCAACAACCCAGACUGCAGAGAAUCCUGCCCCUUCUUCCUCAACUACAAAGAACCAAACAAGUGCUUUAUCCGGAUCCAAGACUACGGCUAUGCCAAAAUCAAAGAAAGCUGAGACUCUCAAUCCUCGACUACUCAAAAGUUCCCCAGCUAGCCAUGAGAUCCGGCUCAAACUCCUCAGACUUGUGCACCAGGAAUUCAAACGCCUAAAUGAGGAACUGAAGAAGAGUGUCACAAACCAAGAGAAGAAUCUACUAUUGUCUGACCAAGACCUCAUCAUCAGAGCUCUUGACGAAGAGCAAGCCUGCGCUAUAGAAAAGCCAGCCGUCUACUCAAACGUCAUGAAGAACAAGGUCAUGCAAUAUAAGCGCAUGACUGCGGCUCAGUGGAAAGAGACUCGGGCCAAAGAAAAGCAAGAUGCCCAGAAAAAGCUCAAGAAAGACGACAUGGUUGACGGAGAGCCUAAAAAGAUCGAGACUGGCCUUACAAACGCACAAGAAGUCCAACUAUUGAAACGCAUCGUCACGCCAAUCGACAACAUGGGACACCAUGGAUACGUCCCCACCGUUCCAACAGAGGAGCAAAUCAAAUCGGCCUUGGAUGGUAUGGAAGCGGGAAAGGGAUGGGAGAAAUGCGAUCGUUGCCAGCAGAGAUUCCAGGUCUUCCCUGGACGGAGAGAGGAGGAUGGCGCCUUGACAACUGGAGGAGCCUGCAAGUUCCACUGGGGCAAGACCUAUAUCCCAGAGAAGCAGCCCGGUGACAAGACAAGGGUGCCCAAACGAUACCACUGCUGUGGCGAAGAAGUUGGCGAUUCGGCCGGAUGCUUCACUCACGAGCACCACGUCUUCAAAGCAAGCGACCCCAAACGGCUGGCUGCUGUUCUCAACUUUGCAGAGACACCGGAGAAUGCUAUCGCUCCCACGGAUAGAGCAGUCUGCUUUGACUGCGAAAUGUGCUACACGGUCCACGGCCUUGAGUUGGUGCGUCUGACAGCUACAUCAUGGCCUGCCGGAGAAGACUUGCUCGACGUCCUGGUCCAACCCAUAGGAGAAAUCUUGGAUCUCAAUUCUCGAUUUUCAGGCGUCUGGCCCGAAGAUCUCGCUGGAGCUGAAUCCUGGUCCGUCAACGACGAUCUCAAGCCAGCUAAGGGAGGCGAAGAGACGGGAAGCGAAGACGGCGAGGUGAAAUCUAAGAAGAGAAAGCUCAAAAUCGUUUCUUCCCCCGAAGUUGCGCGAGACCUUCUCUUCUCGCUUAUAUCCCCGUCAACGCCCCUCAUGGGCCACGGUCUAGAAAACGACCUCAACGCCGUCCGCGUCGUGCACCCGACCAUCAUCGACACCGUCUUGCUCUACCCCCACAGAAUGGGUCUGCCAUAUCGCUUUGGCCUCAAGACCUUGAUGAGCGUUCACCUGAAUGUCAAGAUCCAGCAGGAGACGGGACCGAAGAUGCUUGGUCACGACUCUGGAGAGGAUGCCAGGGCGGCUGGAGAUUUGGUUCGACUACGGGUCAUGGAUGUGUGGAAUGACUUGAAGAGAAAAGGCUGGCGGGUUGUUGAUGGCGAGAUUACGCCCCCCGAAGGUGGAGGCGUCCUUACAGAGGCAUUUAUCGAGAACCGGUUCCGGCUUGCUUGA